UCCAUGCUCUGAGCGGUAGUGGCUAUCUUUUACAAAUGGCGGCUUAGGUAGAAGCACGCUGUUUCGUUUAAUCGGCAGAUUUUUCAUUAACGAUUUUUGUGUAUAUAUAGUAAAUAUUUAACGUUUUUGCGUAAGAAUUGAUACCGAAUGAAACGUUAGAGUAUUGUACAGAGAAACAAACAAAAUUAUUAAAAUUCUUAGACAUAAAAUCCAGAAAAAUGGGAAACGUACUGGCAGCCUCUGUACCUCCUCCACCUUCGCCGCCACCUCCAACCUCAGGUUUACUACCAAAUUUAGAAAAACCAGAUUCUUCCGAGUCACUGCAGUCGUCUGACAGAUUUUCCGAUGGUUUGAAAAAUCCUGGUACAAUCGAGGAUCUUCAUAAAAAAUGUAAAGAUGUAUUUCCCGCAAACUUUGAGGGUGCGAAGCUGAUGUUUAAUAAAGGUCUUAGUAAUCAUUUCCAAAUAUCACAUACGAUAAGCAUGAGUUCCAUUGCACAAUCUGGAUAUAGGUUCGGUGCAACGUAUGUCGGUACUCAGCAACCAGUACCUUCGGAAGCUUAUCCAGUGUUACUGGGUGAUAUCGAUCCAACUGGAAAUCUUAAUGCUAAUAUUAUUCAUCAGUUUGGUGAAAGGUUAAGAGGAAAAUUAGCUACUCAAGUGCACAAAAAUAAAUUUACUGCUGUUCAAAUGACAACGGAUUAUCGCGGUGACGCGUAUACAGUCUCUAUGACUUUGGGUAAUCCGGAUAUACUUAAUGGUUCUGGCGUUUUCGUAAUGCAUUAUCUUCAAAGCAUAACUCCAUCUGUCGCGUUGGGUGCAGAACUCGCUUGUCAACGAGGCGCAGUCAUACCAGGAGGUCAUGUCGCUGUUCUUUCAGCCGCUGGAAGGUAUACGAACGGAGACUCUACGAUUAGUGGUAGUUUCGGUUUAUCUGGGUUACAUUUGUGUUUUCAUCAAAAAGCUAGUCAGCAGCUGCAAGUUGGUGUAGAAUUGGAAAUUAAUUCCCGAAUUCAAGAAUCUACCGGAGCUAUUGCUUACCAAGUCGAUUUACCCAAAGCUGAUUUAAUAUUUAGAGGAACUGUAGAUUCGAAUUGGACAGUGGGUGCUGUUUUGGAGAAAAAAUUACAACCAUUACCAUUUACAUUUGCGUUAAGUGGUAUGAUAAAUCAUAGUAAGCCACAAUUUAGACUGGGUUGUGGAUUGAUAAUUGGUUAAGAGUAGCACGUAAACGAGUGCGAAUCACGUACAUAAUCUAGUUAAAUGUCAGGAAGGAAAACAAUGGAGUACCACAGCUUUUGAGGAUACUACUCAAAAGAAACUUGUAACUAAUAGCGACUAUUAACGAAUAUCCAACCUGAUUCCCUUUUAUUUGUUGAUUACCUCAUCUGCUCGGCAUCGUGUUUAUAUAAGAUCGUUUUUGUUUAUUUUUUAUUAAAGAAAUCGUAUCAACAGGUUUUCCUAAUUGUGUAUGUUUCCUCACUUUAAGGCAUGCUGUCUUCAUUAUUACCUUUAUACACGAUUGGUCGGGAUCGAUCAACGUCUUCAAUCGUUCGUCGACCGACAGUCGUGGCUUGUAAAUUUUCCGAAAUAAGUGAUAUCCGAUAAAAGACGUAAAGUAUAUGGUGAUCUGAUCGCGAUCGUGUCUGUUCUCCGAAUAUAAA